AUGGGAGGGGCACAGGAAGUUACAACAGGAUCAGGCAUCCAAGAACCACAAGAAGUCGACCUACAUGUGCCCGGCACGGAGAUUCUCCUCGAUUUGGACGGCCACAAUCACCUUCAGCAUGCAAAAUCUGGCCACGGUCAAGUCUUGCUCGUACCGCAGCCCUCUUUGACGGAUCCAAAUGAUCCCCUCAGGUGGCCUAGAUGGAAGAAAUGGAUGGUAUUCGCCAAUGCGCUCCUAUACACCUUUCUGGGCUCCAAUAUCGGCCCUAUAAUGUCUGGAGGCAUGGAACAACAAUCCGCUUACUUCGGAAUCCCCAUCGGCCAUUUGUCCUGGGCCGCCGGUAUUUCGUUGUUGUGCUCCGGGGUCUCGACAAUCUUCUGGGUGCCUUUGUUCGUUAAGUAUGGGCGAAGACCCGUCUACCUGGCAUCGACCCUGAUAACUGGAGCUAUGUGCAUAUGGUGUGGAGUUGCCGCGAAAACCACAUUUGGCUCGUUUUUCGCAGCGCGAGCUUUCGUUGGCUGGUUCAUUGGACCCAUUGAAUCCAUCAGUGCGAGUACGAUCACCGACAUCUUCUUCCUCCAUGACCGCGGUGAGAAGAUCUCUAUAUGGGGCUUGUCCAUUCUGGGAGGCAAUGAGAUCGGUCCCGUAUUGUCGGCGUAUAUCAUCCAGGGAAUCGGAAUGUCAUGGGCUUUCUAUAUCAUUGGCAUCGCCAUAUUUGCCAACUCGUUGACGAUCUUCUUCACCAUGCCAGAGACGGCGUACUGGGGCUCGCGCCCCGAGAUUUCUUUGCGUCUCCUCCACGAAGGAGACGGGACUGUCGUCUCAGAGAGCCCAGAAAAAGACAACGCCCCUUCUGACAAUGUCUCUGUCGAGAAGAAAGGCGCACAGGUCGAGCCGCACACUGAUGGCGCAGUGGAAGUUGGGUUGAUGCACAAGCAAACCCCCAAGCGACCGUACAUUCGCGAAAUGCAUCCUUUCCCAGUGGUCAAGAGCACUUUGUCGCUGGGAAAGCUGUUUCUCAGACCAUUUGUCCUUCUGACAUAUCCGACGGUAUUGUGGGCGAGUCUGGUAUACGGCAUGGCUCUCGCUUGGAACGUCAUUCUGGCCUUGACCAUUGCUCAACUAUUCGCGCCACCUCCAUAUCUCUUCAAUUCAGGGGCGCAAGGUCUCAUAUUCCUUGCCCCAGCUACUGGAAGUCUAGUCGCGACAUAUCUUUGUGGGCCACUGGCCGACAAGCUCGCCACGUUCUACACUCGGCGCAAUGGUGGAAUCCGUGAACCGGAGAUGCGUCUCCCUGUCGCAUUCAUGGCGGCCUUCUUCACAUUCAUCGGUGUGGCCAUCGCAGGGCCGUGCUAUGCCCACAAGACGCACUGGAUCGGACCCAUCUUCGGCUUUGGAGUUCUCAGCAUCGGCGCGCAAAUGGCCGCCAAUUUGGCGAUGACCUAUUGUUUAGACAGCCACAAGCAGCUUUCUGGAGAGGUCAUGACUACCAUCUCAGCGACCAAGUCUGUCCUUGCGUGGACAUGGUCGUGGUUCAUCAAUGACUGGAUCACUCUCAAUGGUAUGAUGACGGUUUACUUUAUCGCUGCCGCAAUCAACAUCGUUGUGCUGUCCUCGACCUUCCUCCUUUAUUUCAAGGGAAAGCAGAUCAGAAUCCGGAUCCAGCAACGGAAUCUGCUCGGAAGAUUGAAUCUGAUAUAGACAUUGUGUGUGCAGGCCUUUUUCAGGUUAGACGUGCGGUGUUGGGUUCAGUACUGUAUCUUGUGGUGAAGCGGGUGGUUGUUCGUUGCCAGGUCGAGCUCGCCCUGAAUGGCAAUAUGGAGAACGUCUGUCGUAGGUUGAUCAAAAUCGAGAGUGCCGUUGCAUCUUUUCAUCUGCCUUCUUGGCUGAAGAUCUCAGUAGACGUAGUAUCAGUCAGCCAACAAGGCGACAGGCUGGAGUAGAGACAUUAAACACGUUGGUCGGCCAGAUGACAGUAGUAACACUUCACCAUGUUCAAUCCUACGACCGCCGCGAGUACCACUAGAGUGUUUAAACGCUAAGUGAAACGCCUUCGGACAUUUGGC